GGGCGGGGAUAAUGUUUAAAGACACUCGGCUGGGUUGAGUCCUAAACUCCUCGCUCUUAUCUAUUUAAGUGCACUACAGUGGGAUAUGAAACCAUGGUGUUCUGCAGCCUACGAAGUCCACUAGAUGUUCAAUUGUAUGAUUUAGCCUUUGGAAAGGAAAACAGUUCGCCCAAUGCGUAAACAUAGUGAGGAGAAAUGAACGAGGACGCGUUUGAGGUCCCUGAAAGGAACGAGUACCGCUACCUCGUUCAGGAUGAGGCUGAAGAGGAGGUCCAAUAUGCCCGCCGCUACUACGUCAGCCCGUUCCUACAAGUGUCCCGCAGGUGUAUGUUUUUGAUUGGCUGUGGCGUUCUUGCCCUUCUCACUCUUGCUGGAUACCUGGCAUACCUGGCUCAGAUUCCAUCCCGUGGAUAUGCCACAGUGCUUACAGACUGCGGCUUGCUGCAUGGACGAUGGGAAGACGGUGCCUACUCCUUCAAAGGUAUCCCGUAUGCCAUGCCACCUGUUGGCGAACACCGCUGGCAACCUCCAGCAGACCUGAAAGCAAAUGGAAAGUGCUGGGAUGGCGUUUAUGAUGCCACACAUUUUCGUAGCAUGUGUGCCCAGGUGCGGCCUCUGAGGGAAAACGGGCACGUGAUGGGUCAAGAGGACUGCCUGCACUUGAACGUCUGGACACCCAGCUUGCUGCCUACUAGUGCCCUGCCUGUCAUGGUGUGGAUCCAUGGAGGACACUUGCACAUGCUGAGUGGACAGGAGAAAGGCUACUCGCCCACUGAGGAGCUGGCGAGCCGAACACAAACUGUGUUUGUCAGUCUGAACUACAGGCUUAAUGCAUUUGGCUUCAUGGCUCUGGAGCUGCUGAGAAAAGGUUCUCCCACCAAUACCUCAGGGAACUACGGCUUCAUGGACCAGAUUCAAGCUCUUCAGUGGGUUCAAAAAAACAUCCAUGUGUUCGGUGGAGACCCAAAGAAAGUCACCAUAUUCGGAGGAACGUCAGUAUGGGCUUUGAUGAUUUCGCCUCAAGCUAAGGGUCUGUUUCAUCGUGCAAUUGGAAUGAGUUCCUCAUUCGUCUCUAACGCCUCGUUGGACUCAGCCGAACGAGACAACCUAGUGUUCUUGAAGAGAUCCGGCUGCCAAGAUGCCACCUGCCUUCGAAAGCUCAACAUAACUCAGAUCCUCCAGGCCAUUCCAUGGGAGGAAUACCCAUCCUGGGCCAAAGAUGGACUAACAGACAUCCCUGUUAAAGGGAAUUCAUAUGGUCCAGUUGCAGUUUUAGAUGGUCAUGUUCUCUCCACUCUUCCAUUAAAAUCUUGGGAGAAAGGUGGAUUUUACAAUGACGUUCCAUUCGUGGUUGGAACAGCAGAGCAAGAAACUGACUUCAGUCCACCAAUGAACAUCUCCACCUGGACAUGGGGCGACUACCAGUGGUUUCUAUCAGAGAAGCUGAGGCCAUUUGGAGAGGAUGUGCUAUCCCAGGCCCUGAGGCUGUAUAACCGUUCUGCUCCAUGCCCAACCAAUGACCGCUGUCCUGAAAGACUCUACACAACUUUAGUGUCAGAUAUGAGAGCCAGCUGCCCCAGUAGCCACCUGGCCAAGCAAGCUGCAGAGGUUUUGAAGAGCCCUGUGUACCGCUACCUGGUGACGUACACUCCAUCCAAAGCAGCUGAUUCAUCCACCUUGCUCCCUUAUCCAAGCCGCUUCUCCUUCCACAUUAUGGACAGCUUGGCGUUCUUCGGCGGCCUCGAGAUGGCACUCGGCACGAUGACCUCUAAAGACAAAGCGUUUCAGCAAACGCUCACAAAAUACUUCAUCGAGUUCGCAAAAGAAGGUAAAAUGCCAAAGGAUUGGCCCGAGUUCCCGUCCCAGACCGCGAUGCUGAAUCCGACGCUUUCUGUGGCACAGGAUCCUUUAGCAGAGAGAUGCGCUCUGUGGGAAAAGAAUAACUUUUAUUCAUACGCCUGGAUCAAUUAAUGUGGUUUUAUUCGACUCUCGAAAUCAUAAGCUUCACUUAUCAAAUGUGCACCAACCAUAAGCGGCUACGAAAAGAAGUCUGGCUGUUUCGUAUUGCAGUUUUAACUCUCUAUGGAGUUGGCCAAAAAAUGCAGGGAAGAAGUAUUUCAUUUGCACUGAGAGUCAAGCACAUUCUUUUCUUUUUUUUUCUUUUUAUUAAUCAUUAAACAGCAAUAAGGGAACUUACGUGGUGUUUAAUAAGGAAAUAAAUUUGCUUGACUACAAAGCACAUUAAUAUAUACUUUCAUAUUGGGCUGCACAAUAAUGUCAAAAAAGAUAAAUGAUUAUUUACCACAUUCGGCUAGGGUGUUAGUUUAGGACCAAACUGGUUCCCUUGCACUUUUAUUUUUACAUUAUGAGCCUACAGUUCUUUAAAAGUAUAUAUCUUUAAACUGGAUACCAAUGGAUUUAUUCCUAAAUCUUUCAUAGGAGCAUUUAAACAAGGAAUUUAGCAUUCCUGAAAAUCCUGUCAAUUUCAGAAAAAUGAUCGUAUCCUACUCGUGCUCCUGUGCGUGUGUGUAAAUUUACGCAUAAGACGACUAACUAAUGUAAACCAUGACUUAUUUGACUAUAAUGUCAAAAAAAAGUCAAAAAAAGAAAAUAAAGAAAGUGAGCCAACACACACAUCA